GGUGUAGGUUGUGGCGGUUCUCCGUUGAUUGCGCGCUGGGGAUUGAGGCCUCUACGGACAUUCGGACAAUGCCAUGACGCGGCAUAACAACAGUGUUGACAGCGUGAGCGCACCCCAGCUGAGGGAGCCCGUGGGUCUGGGAGGCGGCGCGGCUGGAGGAAGGUCGCUGUUUGAGAGUGCUCUCUCGAAGCCCUUCAGAGUGGGGGAGGGGCGGCGGACGACGAGCGGCCCCUGUGUGCGCUUGCGCCAGCACCUCCGCCGACCGGGCCCGCACGCACGCGCAUGCCCCUAGCGCGAGGAGCCGAGGUGGCCGGCAAUACUGCGCGUGCGCGCCGAGAAGCCCGCUAAGGAGCGGCGCUUGCGGACGUCGGGCCGGCGGCCCGUGACGUCGUGAGGAGAGCUUUAAAGUGCGGGCCGGGCCGGGCGUCUGAGGGUCUGGCUGGGAGUCGGGCCGAGCCUACGCGGCAGCCCUCCGCGGAAUGAGGCGCUUCUGGCGCCCUUGCCCCCCGGGACGUGGAGAAGGUGGAGGAGGAGGAAGCCCCGUUGUCGCCACCGCUGCAUGACCUGCCGCUACUGAGUUCCGACCCCGCUCCUGGCCCCUAGACGCCCCCCGCUGGAUCCUGAGGCAACGCAUGGGGGUCCGGCACUGAGGACCCCGUUCCUUCCGGGGGCACCGGGGCGCGUCCCCCAAGAGCCAUGCCUGGCCGCCCCGCCCGCCCCGGAGGACCCUAGAGUAGCGUCGCGGGGGCCAUGGCGGCCGCCAGCGGCUACACAGACCUGCGUGAGAAGCUCAAGUCCAUGACGUCCCGGGACAACUAUAAGGCGGGCAGCCGGGAAGCCGCGGCCGCCGCCGCCGCUGCUGUAGCCGCCGCGGCCGCCGCGGCCGCCGCCGCAGAGCCUUACCCAAUGUCCGGGACCAAGCGCAAAUAUCAAGAGGAUUCUGACCCGGAGCGCAGCGACUACGAGGAGCAGCAGCUGCAGAAGGAGGAGGAGGCGCGCAAGGUGAAGAGCGGCAUCCGCCAGAUGCGCCUUUUCAGCCAGGAUGAGUGCGCCAAGAUUGAGGCCCGCAUCGAUGAGGUGGUGUCCCGCGCCGAGAAGGGCCUGUACAACGAGCACACGGUGGACCGGGCCCCGCUGCGCAACAAGUACUUCUUCGGCGAGGGAUACACGUACGGCGCCCAGCUGCAGAAGCGUGGGCCGGGUCAGGAGCGCCUCUAUCCGCCGGGCGACGUGGACGAGAUCCCCGAGUGGGUGCACCAGCUGGUGAUACAGAAGCUGGUGGAGCACCGCGUCAUCCCCGAAGGCUUCGUUAACAGCGCCGUCAUCAACGACUACCAGCCCGGCGGCUGCAUCGUGUCUCACGUGGACCCUAUCCACAUCUUUGAGCGCCCCAUCGUAUCCGUGUCCUUCUUUAGCGACUCCGCGCUGUGCUUCGGCUGCAAGUUCCAGUUCAAGCCUAUCCGGGUGUCAGAACCUGUGCUUUCCCUGCCAGUGCGCAGGGGGAGCGUGACUGUGCUCAGUGGAUAUGCUGCUGACGAAAUCACUCACUGCAUAAGGCCUCAGGACAUCAAGGAGCGCCGAGCGGUCAUCAUCCUCAGGAAGACAAGAUUAGAUGCACCCCGAUUGGAAACAAAGUCCCUGAGCAGCUCUGCAUUACCACCCAGCUAUGCUUCAGAUCGCCUUUCAGGAAACAACAGGGACCCCCCUCUGAAACCCAAGCGGUCUCACCGCAAGGCAGACCCUGACGCUGCCCACAGGCCACGGAUCCUGGAGAUGGACAAGGAAGAGAACCGGCGCUCAGUGCUGAUGCCCACCCACCGGCGGAGGGGCAGCUUCAGCUCUGAGAACUACUGGCGCAAGUCCUAUGAGUCCUCAGAGGACUGCUCAGAGGCGACAGGCAGCCCCGCCCGAAAGGUGAAGAUGCGGAGGCACUGAAGCCUGUCCACCGCCCUCCUGGGAACUCUGGCUGAUCCUCAUGUAGCUGCCCCUCCUUUUGUUUUGAGGGUUUCAUUUUUUGUUUUUGAUCUUAUAUAUAUAUAUAUUUUUCCCUUGGUUUGUUGCCCGUUAAGGCUGAAAAACAGAAUUGGCCAAGACUUGGGUUUUCAUGUUCUUGGCUUUCCUCCUGGAUGAAAAGGUUGUUGGUGUCUGUAGGAGACAGAGACUCACGCUGGAGUAGCCAGUAGAGGUGUGGGGGGGGGGGGGGGGCAGUUAUCUUCAAGUGGGGCUGAGUUAGGCUGGGUUUAUUUAAAAGCAACAAAAUGUUAUGGUUAAGAAAUUCUCAUUUUUGCUUUAAAUAUAAAUCUUUGCAGUGCUCUGAACAAAGUUCAGUCUCUUGCCCACCCUUUUCCUCCACUGAUGUCCACACUUGGUUGAGGUCUCUUAGAGCCUUGCCAGCUCUGUGGGGGGGCUGCUGCUCCACCCUCACUUGCUGUCCAGGCUCUGGAAGCUCCUGUAAACACCCUUUCUUCCUCCCUCAGCAGAGUGGUUCAGGUUGGCUGGGGGCGGAGCUCAAACAUUGCCAGCCCCUGUCACCCUAAGGCUAUUGCCGAGCCCUCCAGGUUUCCUCCACACUUUUCUCAGAGGCUAGUACAGUGGUCCUGAGGUCUCUUGCCAAGAGUAUGCCUGCCUCUUUGUUGGGUUGCUCCUUUCAAGCAUUUGCGUGGGAUUAUAUGGAAAGUUAGACUUGCCAUGUUGGGUCAGUUUUAGGAAUUGUUUCUAGCUAGAGGGACUGGUGUCCUUCCAAGUCUAGCAUUUGGGGUAUGGGAAAUCAUUGUGGUGUGUGGUAGGGUUUUUGUUUUCUUUUUUGAGUUUUUAUUUUUCCUUUGGUCUCUUGGCUUUCCUUUCUCCUCCAUUGGCCACCCUGGGCCUCCUCUCCAUGUCAUCCCUCUAGGAAGGUGCCCACUCCCUCGAUUCACCUACAGUGUGCAUCCAAGGCCAGAGCUCAGGCCUGCAGACUGGGUUGGUGCCUUCUCUGCUUCAGGGGCAUGGGAGCUGGGGAAGGGGCUUCUUAAAAAACAAAAAACAAAACAACAAAAAAAAAAUAAUAAUAAUAAAAGGAAGAAAAAAAAAGUGAAGUCUUUGGCGCUUUCUACCCACUCAGAUUCUGGAAGGCUGCAAGGUUUUGCUGAUCUAAAUUCAUUAGGAAUGUCUUCUUGCCAGCCAGGCCAGGACUUGGGCCUGCCAAAAGCAGAGGCCCUCCUGGCAACUGGGCCACCACAACUCCAGGGGGCUUUAUGUAUAGAGGUCCAGGCCUGGGGCCUCAGAAAUGUGGGCAGCCACCAUCAAGAAGCCCCUCUCAGGGGCCAGAACUCCUUUGCCAGCGUGGAUUCCUCAAGUCAGGACUGCGUAACUAAAGCAGUUGCAGUUUUAUUUUUUUUACAGCUUUUUUCCCAAAAAAAUGAUUUGUAGUUGUGUGUGCAGCACUUUGCCCUGAUAUGUGUGCUCUACAAUAAAAACCAAAUCUAAUAUAUUUUGAAA